AUGCCGCCAGCCGACCCGUGUGGCUCGGAGGCACGCCUGGGGCAGCUCUGGACGGCAGCGGAGGCGUGGGGAGGCGUGCAGCCGUCUAUCGCCGCCUGCCCCACGGCGCCGCGCCAGGCGGGUCGAGGCAAACGCGAACAACACAUGCACUACGCCAGCGCCUUGCGCGCCCCAGAAGACAAAUCACUGCCGCCGCCGCCGUCGGCGUGGCUCGACACGCGUCCAGCAGCCAGAGUGGCUCCGGCUCUGCUGAAUAGAGCGUUGCGCCCAAGCGCCGACACGGACAGUCGAUCCCUGCGCCUUGAGGUUCGUUCGUUCUUCUCGCAGCACUGCUCCAAGGGCUUUGGCGAAUGCCCACACACCGCACGCGCUAAACAAGGCCUCUCGAAAGACUUCGAGCUGGCUGGAGCAGUGGCGCUGCUGCACGCGCGGCGCGGCUUCGCAACGUGCUUGCAGGGCACGAGGCCUUUCCACGUUGAGCGCUUCCCGGACGGGUCGUGGAUCAUCGGCACGGCAGCAGAAGCGCCGCGGCAGGAGGAAGAGCCUGCGGCACUGCCGCGAUCGGACGAAGAGGCUGCCACGGCAGGGGCGCUCUCGCCGGAGAGUGAAGCAGAGCGGAAGGAGCAACGCAAGGCGAGGCGCGCCGCAGCUCGCCAGAAGCGAGACCAGAGGAUGAUCUUCAAUCAGCAGGGCGUGGCCGUUGUGCUUAGCCCCUCGGCGCACGAGGCGUGGCUCACCGCCGGCGAAGAACGGCAUCACGACCUUGGCGCGAGAGUGCUGGCUCUGCGGCUCGCCGUGGUGGACUCCUUGACCGGCUCGCGUCUCGGUGUCUUCCUCGUCUCGGCGCAGGCGCCCUCCUCCAAGGACCCCCACACCGAGGAGUGGGACGCGUUCUACGCCGCGCUCGCCACGGCCAUCUCUCGCAAGCAGCCGGGAGAUGUGCUGGAACGGCGAGAGGCGGCCGUGGCAAGACUCGUCGCGAAAUACGGCGACGACGCGCGCGUUGAGCUCGAGCCGCCCGAGCCGUCCGGACCGUCCCUAGAUCUCGCGGCAACUCUCGACUCGCAGCCCACCAACUUCCCGCCUCUGCCCUCUGCGCCGACGAGAUGCGUCGGCCCGUUUGGCAUCGACUACAUUAGCCCUUCUGGCCGUCGUCUGCUGGGCUUCAUGGACACCCACGAGCUGGCGUCGCUCGCCACUUUCUACCCCAAGAAGCACUACGCCACCUGGAUCGACCCACGUUCGUCCAACGGGCACAUGAACGACCACAUCCUGAUCUCGCGUGUGGAUCUGGCGCGGUUCUCCGAUUGCGGCUCCCGUCCCUGCAUGCUGUUCGAAAGCGACCACCAUUUGGUCGGUUGCAAGUUGCGCGUCACGGAACUCGGCGCGGGGGCCGGCGUCCAUGUGUAA